ACAGACUUGCUGUGUCUUGCUUUCUUCUGGUUCAAUACUUCUAUUAUAUCUGUUGAUGACUGUUCACUUCAUCGAUAAGAAUUCGUGAAGAGAUCCUGUUUGCCUCCAUUUAUUUCCACGAGCCGGUCUUUAUAACCGUCAAGGAAUUCACGAUUUUUUGUAGCUCAGUCUUCCAAGACUUACUUUUAUUUCGUGCGCCUGGGCAUCGUUAUUCUUGAACAUUUCAAAAUGUUGAAGGGAUUGGUUGCUCUUGUAACUGGAGGUGCUUCUGGGCUAGGGCUUGGAGCUGUACAAAGAUUUGUAAGGGAAGGUGCCAAAGUUGUUAUUGCAGAUUUACCUACUUCCAAAGGAAAAGAGAUUGCUGAUGAAUUAGGAAGUUCGGCUAUAUUUACACCAGUGAAUGUGACAUCGGAAAGCGAUGUAACUGCUGCGUUAGGCGUAACAAAGGAUACUUUCAAGAAACUGGAUGUUGUUGUGAAUACGGCAGGAAUAGCUUGUGCAUAUAAAGUAUAUAACUUUAAUAGACGUGUCCCACACUUGUUAGAAGAUUUUCAAAACGUCAUAAAUGUAAAUGCUGUUGGAACAUUCAAUGUUAUCAGAUUGUCUGUAGAACUUAUGCACGAUAACACGCCAAACGAGGAUGGACAGCGUGGGGUAAUAAUUAACACAGCAAGUGUGGCAGCUUAUGACGGACAAAUGGGCCAGGCAGCAUACUCUGCAAGCAAGGGCGCGGUAGUUGCUAUGACACUGCCAAUAGCUCGCGAUCUAGCGAAGGUUGGCAUUCGCGUUAUGACAAUCGCGCCUGGAUUAAUGGAGACACCUAUGCUGCAAGCGUUACCAGACAAAGUACGUGUAUUUUUACAACAAACGAUACCGUUUCCAAAAAGAUUGGGUAAACCGGACGAGUACGCUCAGCUGGUACAACAUAUCAUUGAGAAUCCUUUACUAAAUGGAGAAGUUAUCAGAUUAGACGGUGCUCUCAGGAUGCAGCCUUGAGAAUUUUGUGCAGGCAUGUGCGAUUAUACCAACAUGAUAUCGGAUUAGGGAUUUAUAAUACAUGGUACCACGGCAUUUGAAACAGAAAUUUGUAAGAAAAGAAAAACAGAAAAAUAUAGAAAUGUAUGCAAGAUGAAUAAAAAACGAUAAU